AUGGUAGAAACCUUUUCAUCAGUGCCCAAGGUUGACUAUUCACGUCUUCAGGACCCAAGUACCAAAGAUGAUGAGCUUCUAAAUCUUCGAGAGGCCAUCUUUGUGGUGGGAUUUCUUUACCUAACAGAUACAGGUUUAGAGGAUCUUUUUCGUCGAGCCCACGAGGCCCUGCCGGCCCUUUUUGCACUGCCAUCAGGGGUAAAAGAGGAAUGCAACAUGAUAGACUCUCCGUCAUUCCUUGGAUUUACUCAAUUCGGAGCCGAAACAACAGCAGCCAGGACUGAUCUUCGUGAGGUAACUGCUCCGAAGUUACCACAUAAAAUAGACACACGGUCAAAGCAAUUUGACUUUGGCACCCCAGGAAUGAAGUCAUGGACAAGUCAGGAUCCAUUCUGGCAAAGACUUGAAGGGUCAAACCAGUACCCAGCCCAUCCUGGAUCGCGAUCCCUCGUUGAGGAAUACAUCACUGCCAUCGGUGAGCUAGCACAGAGCUUUUUGCAUCUGGUCGCAGAAUGCCUAUGCCUACCCACAAAUACUUUGGACGAAUUCAAAGGUAGAAUGAGUCGACUGAAGUUUGUAAAAUAUCCUCAAUCCGCGCCCGAGUCCCAAGGUGUUGGCCCGCACAAGGAUUCUGCGGGCCUGUUCACUUUUCUUUCACAGGAUGACUCGGGUGGACUGCAAGUCCUCAACAAGAAUGGUGAAUGGGUGGAUGUUCCUCCAGUCGAUGGAAGCCUUGUUAUCAAUAUCCAACAAGGAUUCGAGGCUAUCACAGGAGGCGCCUGUGCCGCCACCACUCACCGUGUCGUCGCACCUACAUCCAGGACGCAAUACAGUAUUCCGUAUUUCCUUGGAGUCAGGUUGGACCUGACUUUGGACAAAUUGAAGGAGCCAGCCGCUCAUAUUGUGUCCUGCAUUCCUACCUCGGAUAACCGCAAGAAGGGCGCGAUUGAUGUCCCUAGUGAAUUCAUGUCACCUCUUUAUGCCUGCUUUGGAGAGGCGCAUCUGAGAAAUCACAUCUUGAGUCACCCCGAUGUGGGACGGCGGUGGUAUCCAGAGCUGUAUUCCAAGUAUUCUCAGCAGGCUCUCAAGUAG